CAGUGAAGCUACACGGACCGCGCGCCUUUCCUCUCGCGUGCCGCGUAAACGUUUACGUUAACUUAGAAAAACUUUUAAAAAAUCGUAACCAGUUUAUUAUCGCAGACUGUACCGUGGAAGUGUUGUAUUAAAAUAUAUAAAGGAACUCUACGUAUACACAGCUGUUAUCUCUCAGCUUAAUUCGAUAAUUCACUCAGCUGUCAUUUGUUUUGAUUAGGAAACGCCAACGUGCGUUGCCGGCCGGUCAUCCAUAUCAGAAAUUUGGGGUCAGCUCUACAUUUUUUCUGUAGCGUAAGCGGGUGGGCGCGCGCACGGUGGCGGCGGCGGCGGCGCGGCGCGAGCGCGCGCGAGUGUAAGCGGUCGCCGACGCCCGAGGAUCAUGCGCGCAGUCCCAUCGCGCCGCGCAGCCAGACCGCGCGCAUUAUGCUCAACAUGAAGCUCAAGGAGCGCUUGGCGCUCGCCAUCAGCGCCUUCCUCGUACUCUUCACGCUAAUGCUCGUCGUAGACCUACAAAUGGACUAUGGCAUCUCCGGCCACAGAGUACCCCUCCACGCGCGCGUGCGUCUAGGAGACGCAGAAGAUAAAGGCCGGUCAGCGUACAUAGAGUUUCGGAAGCGGUUCCUACAGAAAAGCAAUGGCAGCAACGGGUCUCGAGAAUACGAGCAGUCGGCUCCGAGUGAGACGAGCGGAGGAGGGACAGACGCUGAACCCCGCACCCCCGCACCUCCAUCCGACAGAUAUGAGGACCUGCAGAGGAUUAUAUUCGCGCAGAUCCAGGGCAAGGCUGAGGACCAUACGGUCAUUAUACCCCCACAUCGGGAUCUCAACAUCCUGAGGCCAGAGAACCCGACUAUUGGGGAGAUGGAAGACUUAGAACCAAGCAUAAACGCUUCUAAUUUGGAAAGGUUCCAACUGAAGAUAGCUCAACACGAAUUGUAUGAGGAUGGGGAGCCGCUAAUUGACGAGCUGCUCAAAGACAUGGCCACUUCACCCAUCCUACAUGUAGAGCAAAAGGAGGGCGGGACGCAGUUGAAACUUAUCAUCGACUAUCCUAAUGGCGUCCAAGCUCUCUUCAAGCCGAUGAGAUUUGCACGUGAUGUGCAGACUUUACCAAAUCAUUUUUAUUUUUCCGACUAUGAGAGGCACAAUGCUGAAAUUGCCGCUUUUCAUCUAGACAGGAUACUCGGUUUCCGUCGCGCGAUGCCGGUCGUGGGCCGAGUCCUCAAUAUGACUACAGAGAUCUACGAUGUGACUGAAGGUGACAUCCUCAAGACGUUCUUCGUCUCCCCUGCGAAUAACUUCUGCUUCCACGGAAAGUGUUCGUACUAUUGUGACACCGGACACGCUAUUUGUGGCAACCCUGACAUGCUCGAAGGGAGUUUCGCCGCGUUCUUACCAUCCUCUGACAUCGCUGAACGAAAGGUUUGGCGGCAUCCUUGGAGAAGAUCCUACCAUAAGCGAAGAAAAGCGCAGUGGGAACUCCAAUCUGAUUAUUGUGAUACGGUUCGCACAACCCCUCCCUAUGACUCCGGGCGUCGAAUGCUCGACCUCAUGGACAUGUCGAUCUUCGAUUUCCUCUCCGGGAAUAUGGACAGGCAUCAUUAUGAAACAUUCAAAAUGUUCGGGAACGAGACGUUCACGCUGCAUCUAGAUCAAGGGCGUGCGUUCGGCAAGGCGUUCCACGACGAACUGAGCAUUUUGGCACCGCUGCUGCAGUGCUGCCUCGUGAGGCAUACUACCCUCGCUUCGUUACUAAAAUACCACAACGGAGUUCCUUUAUCAAAAGUUCUCCGUGAAUCCUUGAAGAAGGAUCCGGUGAACCCCAUACUUUGGGAGCCGCACCUCGCCGCUCUCGACCGGCGCAUCGUCAUCAUACUCGAUGCGAUUAGGAAGUGCAUCGACAAAAUCGACACGCCCCUACAGAAUGAGGUGAACGAUUUCGUAUGACCGGUCACGCUACCUAUUAAAUGCUACGGGACUCAUAGAAACGGUCUCAUGAGUUGAAGUGUCAAUGUGAUAUAUGAUUGUACGGACUACAAAAGGGAUGGUGCAAUCUGUGAAAAUGACUUGCUAGUCGAACUCUCUCAUAAUCCGUGACUUAAGACAAACUUAGAUGUAAGAACAGUUGUAAUCAAUGCAAACGUAUCGUUAUCAUCCUGGUCUUUGGUUGUCUACAAGACUUUUAUUAGACGUAAGAUUUUAGUGCCAAAGAUUGUCCAAAUGAAUUUUUGAGAUAUGCAGAAUAUAUUUUAGAACCAUUCCACUGGAUUUUGAUAAGCCAUUGUAUGCCAAAUAUAUAAAAGAAUUUUAAAUUCAUUUUGCUUACCAUUAUAUCGGCGGUGAACGGUUUCGUUGUUUAAAAUUUAACAGUAUUGAAUAAUUAGUGUACGUAGGUAAUAUAUUUUAUUUGUUCUUUCUGUAUAUUUUGGAUAAUAUUAUAAUGAGUGUUUCUGAGCUCAGACGAGAUAUAUGUAAAAGGGUGUGCAAUGUUACUGUACAUAAUAUUAGUGAAAUGCAGUUUAUAUUUUAUAAGUUUAGUUGUAAUAUCAUCUGCUACUUUACUACUUUUGUUGUGAACUCCGUUACCAUAGCUGAAGGCUCAAGAAGAGACAUAUCAUAAAUAAGCUCCGUGUGAUAAGCACAGACGUCGUCUGAUUGUAUUUGUUAAGUUUUUUAUUUGAGGCUAUAUAUCAAUGCAAACGUACAUGCUUUUCUACUUUGUACUAAUAAGUUUCCUACUAACAUAUUUCUCGUAGCUGAUCUCAUGUUUCAUAAUUUCACUGAAUGGUCAUCAUUUCGUUUAAUUAUAAACUCUACGUACUAUUUCAGUGGCGAAAAUAUGAAAUCCUACGUAGCUUUUACUGGCGAGUUGCUUUUACUUUGCUUAGAUAGUGUAUUAGUUAAUUUGAACCCGAUAGUUACGAUAAUACUGGCAGUUAAGAUGAGACCUAUAUUUAUUUUAAUAGUGGUUUUAGCGUAAUUUAGUAUAUAAUAUGGGGUGUGACUGUUACAUACGGGGGUUACAAGGAGUCGACUUGCCAAAGACGUACCUAAAAAUUUAUGUAAAAACGUGUUGUAUAGCAAAUUGUGAUGCUUGAAUGUUUCUGUUGAUUGUUUAUAAAUUAAAAGGUUACAUGAUUCGAAA